AUGUCUGAAAACAAACCCUCUCAUCAACCUCCUCUGGAAAAAUCCAUCGAUUACCACCUUCUUCUUCACUUUUACAGUCAAUAUGAUAGUCUCGGACACUUUUUAUACGAUACUCGUGAGCGAAGAUACGCCACAUGUAAAGAGUAUUUGAAUCGUUUGAGUGAUGUUGCCGAGAUGAGUAAUUAUGAAGUUAGUCCAACGAUGGUUCGGAGAGCUCUCUAUAUUUACUACUCGUGUUUGACUGGACACUUGUUGGAUCCCGUGAGAGCAUCCAAACUUGCUUCUUGUGUGGAUUCAUUGGAAACAAAAGAUCAUAUAUUUAAAUGCAAAGAUGAAAUUUUGCAAAACAAAGUUUUUGUGGAGACUAAAGUGUUGGACCAAGUUUGGCAAAUUGAAAAUAGAAAAUAUAAUUUAGAGGAAAAGAUUCCGAAGUGUGAUGCUAAGUGUUCGGAAUGGUUUUAUAAACUAGGAUUGUGCAAUAGAUUUUUGAAGGCAAGACGUAUAAAGAAGGAGACAGAUGUUGCCUUCAGUGAGGCUGCAGAACAAGAAAUUGAAGAAGGAAAGAAGUAUUAUGCUGUCUGUGAUGACUUUAAAAAGAAGGCUGUGAGUUGUGUAGGAGAAAUAUUUUGUGAAAACCAAGAAAAGGAAUUGAAGGAGUGUUUAUCGAAAAGUUCGUUUAUGCAUGGCUGUGAAGAUGAGGAGAAGGCGCUUAAAAAAUGUUCUCAUUACAAUUACGCUCUCAUGAAUCAUCUCAAGUUCAGAAAGAAUAAUAUUAGGAAGCCAAGUAGUGUGGGAACAGCUGCGAACGAAGACCAAGAUGAGCCAAAUGUGAUCGAUGAAUGA